AUGACGACCACGAGAAAUCGACUGCGAAUACUUUGUCUUCAUGGGUAUCGCCAGAACGACGUGCUGUUUCGCGAGAAAACCGGCAGUUUGAGGAAACAGUUCAAGAAGUAUGCCGAUUUCGAGUUCAUCAGCGCUCCGUUGGUGCCAAAUGUUGAAGCCGAAGAGCGAGGAGAUGUUCGAAGCUGGUGGUUCUCACGUGAAAACGACCAGUUCAGUUCACGGGACGUGUGCUCCAUAGCCACCGGAUUCGAGAAGUCAGUGUCGGUAGUAGGCGAAUACGUGCGCGCGAAUGGUCCUUUCGACGGGAUACUUGGAUUCAGUCAAGGAGCGUCAAUGGCUCAUCUAUUGCUGGCUAUGGAGAAAAAUGGCGAAAUCAAGCUAGGCUUCCGCUUUGCUAUAUUGUUUGCUGGAUUCUUAAGUUUGUCAUCAGUUCACAAUUGCUAUACAUGUCAGACAUUAGAUAUUCCUUCACUACAUAUCUAUGGUUCUAGCGAUCAAAUAGUAAUAGCCGCCACCAGUGAAGAACUGAAAUCGAUGUUUACCAGCAGUAUAGCAAUUGUUCAUGAUGGAGGGCAUUUCAUUCCCUCCAUGUCAAAGUAUAGGGACAUUUUUAGUGAAUUUCUAGAAAGAUUUAAAUGUAUCGUUAAUAUGGGGAAUUGUAUUAGCGAGGACGCACAAAAAGGGCACAAGGACUUCUUGAAAAGCGUGAAAUCGGAUCCAGAGAAGCAAGUUACUUCUUUCAGAGUUUAUUUGCAUAGAAGAAACAAGUUCAUCCAUGCGUGGUUGCGAAUUUCGGCUGAUGAUGUGACACUAGAACGAUCUAAAACUGAUGUAGUGGUCUGGCCGUUGCAGUACCUUCGACGAUACGGUUACACAUCGGCUGGUAUGUUUAUUAGUACUACCACGUUCAUGUUUCCUAUCAUCGUUAUUAUCCAUACUGAGUGUUCUUUUUCGAAAGUGGCCGGCGAUGUCCCACAGGAGAAGGUCUUCAUACAUUCCAAAGUCACAACGCUGACGCAAUAUUUCAACUUGUUCAAUCGCGAAUUCAAGAUAACGCCAACACUCAUCAUGCCGAAACAAUGCGACGAAACGAAAGAGCUCGGAGUAGUGGGCCCACAAUGGGAACAGGGGUGCAGGGGUUGGGUCGGAAUAUCUAGCGCAACCAAGCUGGCUACAAUUCCUAUCAUCGCGGAUCGGCUUCAGCGGCUUCGUAAUGUCGUAAUUCCUCCACCACCACGGCCAAGAAGCGUUGGCGAAACUGAAGCUCCUUGCUUGCCUCCUGAUAGUUUUCAUCCCCAUCGCCACAACACUUUUGUUGACCAACGCAUCGUUGGGAACAUCGUUUCGGAGAGCACAAAUCCGUCAGCCGUAGACGAUGCAGCGCGAAGAGCAUGUUCUACGACCAGCCAGAUCAUCACAGUGGAGUAUUUUCUGUUCCUUAGUGAAACUAUUUCCCGCCGCAGAGGUCCUUCAAAUGAUGCCUCCUUCUCCGCCGAGAUCUCAUGCACUUUCCACAUCAAGCAGUCAAGGAAGUCUUCCAGGCACUCCUACACGCACUGUUUUUUUUCCCAUUGCGAUGCGGGCUCGACCAAUGUGCUCUGCUACACGAAGCCCAUUUCCCCACCUGUGGUGACACCAGGUGGUGACAGUUUGUUGGCAGUCGAGGCAUCUCAACACAUCGGCAGAUAUGUUAAUAUCACGGAAGCUGGUGGUCGGCCUCUGCUGGAACGAGAUGGCACCAGUUCCCCUCGCCCACUUAACUAUGCAGAAGUUGGUGUAGGCUCUGAGCCGGAAAGAGUUCCGAGCAGGUGUCUUCUUCUGUUGGUCCAACGUACUCGAUACUUCGAAAUGGUGCAGCUGAAGCUAUACAUUGGAUUGAUGCCUGAACAACACAAGCUUCAAUGCAGCCCCCGAAUGAGAAUGCGUAGACGUAAUGCCUACCCGGGACCAUUGAAUAAGAUACUCGCGAAGUUGGUGGACGAGUGUUCUUUUUCGAAAGUGGCCGGCGAUGUCCCACAGGAGAAGGUCUUCAUACAUUCCAAAGUCACAACGCUGACGCAAUAUUUCAACUUGUUCAAUCGCGAAUUCAAGAUAACGCCAAUACUCAUCAUGCCGAAACAAUGCGACGAAACGAAAGAGCUCGGAGUAGUGGGCCCACAAUGGGAACAGGGGUUUCUUUACGCUGUAUCAAUCCCAUUCAAAGAUACGGGAGCGAAG